AUGCAACUUGUAUACUGGCUGUCUAUUUUCAGUUUUGCGUUGGCAAACCGGGGCAUUCCCCUGUAUUUUGCGUCGUUUGAAAAGGUCGGUGAUUCACGCAUAGAACCAAAGCCCUUGUCUGUUGAUCAGGUCGACGAGCAGAUAACUAGCUGGCUCGACGGCUGCCAUUCAGAUGGGUUCAUUCUAAUUCGGGAUUCUGCUCCCUUCGAUUCCAACAAGUUCGAAACAAUCAACCACAUUUCGAAGCAGAGCCUGACUCGCGGGUCGUUUCUGUCGGACUAUAUGCUGAACCUUAAAGAGCUGGCCGAAGACAUCCAGCGGCACUGCUCCGCCCAAUGGCUCCAUGCAGACUAUGAGGCGUUGGUCCCGGUGCCUGCCGUUCAGGACUCGAAUCCGCGGGUUAUUUAUUUGGAAUUUGAUCACAAUGACGAUGUCGACAAAGAAAAGAUCAUCAGAUCAGCCGUCCAGGCCAUCCCGUCACCCUACGUCACAGUUGUCUACACCAGCACCUACGCCAUGGAUAGCCCUAUUCUGCCCCAUGUCGAGCUUAAUCCGAAGAGAUUAAAGUGGCAAGGUUAUCGAAAAAAUAAAAUGCAUCCCGUUGUCGCUCCUCUGUACACGCGGCCUCAAUCCGACGUUCCGGUGCCCGAACCGCCUAGUGUCGACAUCCCGGACCACGUUUUACUCACAGUUGUCACCGCUUCUUCGGUAUUCGUGGUCUUUCUACUCUUCAAAAACGUACUUAUGUAG